AUGCAUCUCUUCACCCCCAAUCACGUGUCAUUAAUUGCUGCAUGCUAUCCUUCUUCAUCUGCAUUGGUUUCUUCUGGCCCUGAAUAUCGUCCGAAUGCACAGGAGCUCUCCAAGCUCACAUACUAUGCUGCUAAUCGCCCAGGAAAAAUAAACAAGUUAGGGGGCGAACUGGAAAAACGUGUCAAGUCAGGAUGUCACAAGGCUCAGUAUGGAAAUGUUCGAGCCAGAGCAUCUUUACUUAUUACACUUUCUGUCUUGCGAGCGCUGGCGGUAGAAUGUCGACGCGAUAUAUCCUUACUAUCCCCGGCUUUGGUCGCGUGCCUCAAGGUCACGCUGGAUACCCUCUCUUCUGACCUCGAAAUAGUAGCGCGAGCAGCCAGCGUGUUUACCGCAUGGUGUACUUUCACGGACGGCCAUGUCAUCGGAGCAGAUUCUAAUUUAGCCCAAGAUUACUUCGCUGUCUUACGGCAAUUUGCCCAGCAAUCCACCGCCGACGUCAAGUCGGUCGAUCACGAGCUAAGGAACAGGACUCGUCUAGUCGGAUUGGCUGCUCUCACAGGCGCCGUGAAUUCAGAAGCUCUUUAUUGCUCUUCUAGCCAAUACAAGCCUCAAGUCUCGAUCAUAUCUCGUUCAUUACUUUUCCAUGUUAUGCAUGCGGACCUGACUGUUCUAGAUGAGUGUGCGGAGGCUAUCAAAAGCAACGCUACUUCCAUAUAUCUUGCGGAGUUCCGUUCACGGCCUGUCCUUGAAAGACGUGCUGCCUCCAUUCAUGCACACGUAGACGGGGAGAGCGGUCCGUCUUCUUCCGAUGUUCUAGAUACAUCGUUAAGAGCACUACAACACAUGAUACAACACUCUAAUGGCGCUCAAAUGGGGUUCUUGAUGCAGGCCACAUUUGAAGGUCUAGGCGAUCUCAAACUUUGGGAGAAACUUGACCAAUGUCGAUGGCUAGCCCAGAGGGCGUGCGAAUGGGCCCAAUACCAGUAUCGCUAUGCAGUGCCUACUCGAUUGGUCGAACAGCUUCUUUCGAUACAGGACUCACCAAUAUGCACCGCUCAGCAUAAAGCUUUAGCUGCUAUGGUUCCUGCGGUCUUCACGUCCCCCGUACCUCUCGUCAAUUUGUCCACAUCAGACAUCAUUUCAAACCUUAUCACUUUGGUCCUCCGGCGUGUAUCAAUCGACCCUCACGACGCCCUCCUUCCGUCGCUUGUGGAAUGCAUAUCCUCUUUGGGCGCCCACGUCUACUAUUCUGACCAGAUUCAAGACCUUGCUAGCGAGUUGAUCAGCCGCCUUGUAACCGUUGAGAUGCAAGGAGUUACUGGUCGCGACAAGGGGCCCGGUGACCGCAGGCGAAGUCAGGCUAUCCGGUGUCUCCUUGCGGGUCUUGUAGGUCUCAUGCAUGCUGCUGAUGGCUCCGAAGUGGUCUCGAAUGAUAAAAAUGCCCCACACAUUCCCUUAUCCCGCACCGCCACUCCGCAAAAUAAUGUCCCUUCGCAAAGCCCUCCUUCUCACGUUUCUCGACGGACAAGAGUAUCUGGAGAAAUAUGGCAUGAGACCCUGAGUCUUAUCUGUGAUGGUGACUACUCGGUACGGAGUGAUUAUGCCCACACUCUCGUCAGUUACUUGCGCAAAGAGAUUCCAAAACGUGGAGACAUGACAGAUGAACAUGGAGUCAGACGUCCUCGUCCUCUUAUCGAAGGUAGCCCAACACACCAAGCUAACAGUAUUGGCCUCCUUCUAUUUGGUGACUCGGCGACGCGAUCGCUCCAUGCCACGCAUGCUUAUCUCUUUAUACUGGCGACAACUUCGUCUCUUGGCAUUUCAUUCAACUCAACUCCUUCACCCGCCUACUCCACAAGUGGUGACAUCCCUUCCAUUGGAGUAACGGCCCCUACGCCUAAUGAGUCAGGUCCCACCGAUGGACAUAGCACUGACCCACAAAACUCUUCCCCUGCCCGAAGAUCGCCAGCCCUUCUGGCCCGAACACGUAAAAGUUCGAACGCGCAGCGCUUGUCGGAGAGCGUGCCUGAGAAGGUCUCAGCGGCUGCUUCAGCAUCCCUGUCAGACUAUGCGCUGAUUUUCCACGUACUAUCUGCUAUCCAUGAGGAAGUCCCGACCCGCGGCCUUCUUGUUGGUCUCCCAAUGCUCAUAGCACUGCAUGGAACCGCCGAAGUUGAAGAUGGGACCAAUGAUGCUUCCAAACAACGAGUUAAAGUGAUACAAGAGUUACUGGCUCGUGUUUGGCUCGUGCUCGGUCGCGUUUGGGAAUGCCCGGAAUUGGUGGGCCUUGCUGAAAAAGUCAGUCACUUUGAAUAUUAUCUUAUUCUCGGAGAGAUUAUUGAUCGUCAACGAAACCAGGCUUUGUCCACAAUGGGAGCGGCACCGACCCUGCCUCCGCUCUCAGAGUUCAUUCCUGGGGUGCUUCGACCAGCACAGACAGAAGUUACGUUCCCCCCUAUCGAGGGAGAAAGAGAAGUAUCGCAAUGGUCAAGCGUUAAUGCCGAAGAGGCACUGGCGAUAUUAGUGUCUUCCAAGUCUGUUCAAGAAGCAACAGGGCUUGACCGCCAAGGGCUACUUCGCCGUUUUUCGGUCAGAUGGACGGUAGACAUAGCUCUCAGAGACUCGGAUAGACCGAACAACCACAGACAGUUGACGGAAGGUGGCUUACCGUUAUUGAAGUUAUCACCUGCUCUUAUGGCUAUUGAGAACCUCUCGUUGCAAAGUCUGACACGGUCAGUCCGUGGGGUAGGUGUGACUGAUCUGCGCGAGGCGCUUGAGGGACGUGCAGGAGCAUCCAACCCGGCUCUUGUCAGGCGACCUUCGGUAUCUACCCUCGACCACUCGCCUUCUCUUGAUCUUCGCUCCAGCCGACUUGCCUUAACGCGAAGUCGGUCGAGACCCAAGAAGCGUGCCGUUACAAGUAGUGCGGGUGAAGUACGGGACGUUUUGAACAGGUUGGGAAUUGGAAAACAGAACGGAAGCAGCUUGUUGAAGGCUUCCUUCCAGUGA